ACUUUUCUCAUUCGUCAAUCAAUAAUAUGUCACUUCGUUCUUCUCUUAGUCGCCAUCUAUUUUUCAGAUUCCAAAGGAAAUGAGAUUCAAACACCAUAAUUUGCACAGAAAACACCACAAUUUCCAGUUCUGUCUAUUAUGGGAUCAAGUCAGAGAGCAUUAUUAUCACUCUUGGAUCAAUGCCUCACAUUGUCACACAUCAAGCAAAUCCAAUCUCUUCUCACCGUUUCAGGCAAUAUAUCUGAUCCCUUCAUAGCAAGUAAAGUGAUUUCCACUUGUGCAAUUUCAGACUUCGGCGAUUUGUAUCAUUCUUACCGACUCUUCCGUUGUCUGCCGUGUCGGAAUACUGUGAUUUGGAACACCAUGAUCAGAGCUUUUGAAGAAAAGGGUGAUCCCACCACUUCUCUGUCCCUGUACACUAGGAUGCUCCAGAAUGGCUUUUUGCCUAAUAAUUACACUUUCUCUUUCCUUUUAAGAGCUUGUACUAAGCUUUCUGCUUUAUCCAUGGGGUUUAUGCUCCAUGACCAUGUCAUCAAACUGGGUUGGGAAUCCUAUGAUUUUGUGCAAAACGGGUUGAUACAUUUGUAUGCAUCUUGUAAUAUAAUGGACCCAGCUAGGAAACUGUUUGAUUCGAGCUUGACCAGGGAUGUUAUCACAUGGACGGCUUUGAUUAAUGGGUAUGCAAAGUUGGGAGAGGUGAUGGUUGCGCGAGAACUGUUUGAUGAAAUGCCUCAGAAGAAUUCAGUUUCUUGGAGUGCAAUGAUCAAUGGGUAUGCUCAAUUGGGUUUUUUCAAAGAGGCUUUGGAUCUUUUCAGUGAGAUGCUUUCUUCUGGAUGUAGACCUACACCUGCAGGGAUUGUGAGUGCAUUAACAGCUUGUGCUUCACUUGGUGCAUUAGAUCAGGGGAGAUGGAUACAUGCAUAUGUGGAUAGGAACAAAAUGGAGUUGGAUACGACAUUGGGUACUGCUCUUAUUGACAUGUACGCCAAAUGUGGCAGCAUUGAAACUGCUCAUAAUGUUUUCAAUAAAAUGCCCAUUAGAGAUGUUUUUGCUUUCACUUCUCUGAUUUCAGGCUUAGCCAACCAUGAUGAGAGUGCAAGUGCAGUUGAACUGUUUGAGAGAAUGCAACGUGAAGGAGUUGCACCAAAUGAAGUUACAUUCAUAAGUGUUUUGAGUGCAUGCAGUAGAAUGGGUUUGGUAGAUCAAGGUUUGAGAAUAUUCAAAAGCAUGAGAGAGGAUUAUGGGAUUGAGCCAUGGAUUCAGCACUAUGGAUGUUUGGUGGACCUCUUGGGGAGAGCAGGAAUGCUGGUAGAGGCCAAAAGUGUGGUGAGGAAGAUGCCGAUGGAGCCAGAUUCAUACGUUUUAGGCGCAUUACUGAAUGCUUGUAGAAUGCAUGGAGAAGUCGAAUUAGCUAAAGGGAUAUUCGAGUUCCUGAAUGAGCAGAAUUUGGACCAUGGUGGAGUCCAUACUCUUCUUUCAAACUUGUUUGCUUCUGCAAAACAAUGGGAUGACGUAGCAAAAGUACGGACAGGAAUGCAGGAAAAGGAGGUGAGAAAGGUCCCUGGAAGCAGCUCGAUUGAAAUAAAUGGAGCAGUUUGUGAAUUUGUAUCUGGAAAUUAUUCUCAUCACCUCACGAAAGAUAUCAUGUUGGCUUUGCUUGAGAUGGAGAAUCAUUUGAAGUCUGUGUGUUUAGAAGAUAAUGGUGAUGAUAAAUAAACUGAAGAAGAGGUUCUUGCCCCUUGUUUGACAUUAAUUUUUCUUUAUUAGGCUUCCCAACAAGGAAGGAAUCAUAAGAAAGAAUCCACGGGGAGCAAGGGAGGAAUUAAUGCUUUCCCAACAUUUGUUUGGCUCAACGCGGAUCUAAAACGAUAGCACCGAACGAAUGUUGACGUAUGAGAUAUGACCAAAGGAAUCUCUCAAGUUAGAUAUCUGAAUUGCUUGGGAACCAACAGAAAUGAAUGAAUUAUUAAGCAUUUGAGCCUUGAAAAUGCCGUAGCUUUGGAUUUUAUAUUGCCUUCCAUUUUCCAACCAUAUACGGGAGGCUCUGAGAUCACUGGACGUUAUGCCCUGAAGUAUUGAGCAUUGAAUGACGAAUUUUGGGACGAGGGAUCCUUUCAUGAAACGAAAGCUUCCAAAUCCAUUUGCGGGGAAGCAAAGCACACCACCAGAUGAAGCAUUCUCAUCACAAAUGAAUUUAUCGUGUGACGAUUACAUUGAUGAUGUAAUUUUUUAGUUCCUUUGAAUAAACCCUUUGCGGUUUAUUUGCUUAGCAAUGUUUCUUAGUCAUGCCCAAA